AUCACUCACCCUUAAUGCAACGCAGUUAGGGAUAAUGCGAGGCAAAAUAUCUAUCCCCUGAUUAACCCAUUUCGUUCCCCGAUAGAUAAACGAGGUGAUAAACCCUCAUGCCCAGGUAGUAGUCAAAGUGAGCCAUGAUGAGGCAAAGCUCUGACAACAAAGUGCACCCUUAUAGCAAGCUGAGCAUUAUGGAAACUCCGCUAAAAGUUAGCAGGCAUUCCUUAUGCGUUUGCCAAACCCUAAAACUGUGCAUCUUUCCCAUGCGUUUGAUAGGGAGAUUCCCUUAUUCCUGGCGCCACUUGAAUGGCAAGUGCGCAUAUGAAUUGUCCUCCUUCUGGAUGUUGUACAGUUGCGUCCUGAUGACUCUUUUGGCCGUUGCAUCCGUCCAUGUUAUGCCCUCUUUGAGGUUCCAAAUCACCAAUAUGGCAGUUUUCCUGGACUCUUUAGCCAAUGUGUUUAGCGUGGUUUACUGGUCGGUGGCAAUACUGUACCUGUGGAACGUGCGUUUGUGGCUCAGAAUGACUGAGGGGUUGAUUAAGGCCAGCAGAGACCAUCUGUUCUGCCCGAGGGCAAAGAAGCUUACAGUAAAAUUCCAGAAGAGCCUGCUCAUUCUCAUUGCUUCGGUGUUCACUUUCGAGAAUGGCGCUUUUAUGUUUUUCGCGUUUUUCACCAGCUACAAGCUCCCUUUGCACGUGUUGUUCUUCAGAAACAUGAACAUCACGCCAAGCGUCAAUUACGUAUUUUGGUUUUCCUGUAAGUGCCAUCAGAGUGAGAAGGUUUGCGUGUUUUUUUAUAUGGAUUUUCAGAUAUUCAGUACUGUACGGGCUUGUUUAUCUGCUUCGAAAAUGUUGUGUGCAACUACUUGGGGUAUCGGCACAUACA